AGACACUUGGAGGUCUUUAGGAGAAGUGAAUGCUUGGCACUGUUCUUUCAUCUCUUAUUUCCACUUCUUGAACCACUAUCAUUAGGAAUUACUGCUUUAUUCGUGAUAGCAGUAAAAUACAAAUAAUUUUGCCACCUGCUUUCUUGCCAUAAUUAUGAAGCAGCAUAUUUCAUAUUUGUUAGAGCAAAAUCCAGAAAGUUAUAUAACUUACAAAUUUGUUAGUUAAAAUUUACCUCCCUUGGGAGGCAAGGGGGUAGCAUUUGUGGAAUUUUGUGAUCUGUUGCUUGGCAACUAUAUCUAAGACAGUUAAGCUUCUGCAGUCUGUGAACUGUUGAGUCACAAAGUUUGGUGAGCCCAGUCAAUUGCUUCCUGCUACUAGAAGGAAAUUAAUUCUUCAUUAUGCAGAGGACUUGACAAGUUUUCGUCCAGAGAGGCCAUUCAUAGUUAUGUCACACUUCUUCUACUUGACUCCACAAAUUCUUCUGCCCUUUAGCCCUCUUACUUCUCAAGAGUUUGAUCUGAUCAGACGCAAGGCUGGAGCAUCUUGGCAGGAUGAAACACGAUGGUCAGAUUCUUCCGUGACAACAUACACAGGCAGUUACCGGAAAAAACAACUGGACAAGUCCAUGUGCAGCCAAUUUUCUUUUAGAGCAGGACAGCAUGAGCCUGAGUGUAAACAGAUGUCAUUGCCAAACAGUUCUGCCUGUCGUCUUCUCUGCUGGGCUGGUACCCAAGAGACUACAGAUGUCAAAGGACUAUUCCCUGAUAUAACCAGGCCCUUUAAAAAGUCAUUUGAUGUCAAGCAUGGAGUGGCACAUCAAAUUUGGGAUUUUGGUGAUUGUUUUCCGACACCUCCAAAUUAUGGAAAAUACUGUGUGAGACGUAAAAAGCCAGCACAGGAGGCCCUGAUAAACUACAGUCGACGAGGGAAAGGUGUCCUAAAGCAUCUUCAUGGACGGUGCGAUUCUGAAAGCAAGGUUGGCUCAUCUGAGGAUUCAGAAGCUGAUCGAUACUCCGAUUAUGGCUGGGGAGGACCCUCAUCGCCAUUUAACUGAGUUGGAAAAUGAAGCCACAAUGCUGGAGGCGUGGAGUUUGCUUAAUAAACAACUUUGAGGUUCUAAGCUGCUGCUGGGAAGGGUUCCAGUUCUAUAUUCUCUGUCUUCUGGAGGCACCGAUGAAAUCACUCAGCUGCUACCCGCUUCCAUCUCUCACUAAGCACCUCUUGGCUCUCCUUCGUCCCCACAGACUGAAAGCAUGGAGGUGACUAAUGAGAUGUGUCUUCCCUUUCAAAUUGUUUACAAGCCCCACAUGACCUUUGGCAGGCAGGGGUUCUACUGUGAUGUUUCUGACUGUGGAUAAGGGGACAUAUGUGCUCACCACGGUUUGCUAUUUCUCCUUGCUCUCCUGUGACCAGUGCGGCAGCUCUGUUAAAUGGUCAGGCAUAGUUCACUGGUGGCCCCCAAACAAUCCAUCAGCAGUGGACACAUUGUAGAAAACAUGGCUUUGAGUCUUAGCUUAAACUAUAUUUAUGUAGCAUGACAGUAGGAGAAAUAUCUAAUUGUGUUUGGAUUAAAAUUCAAACAAAGGCCUCAUGACUGGCUUGGAGAUGCCGGGGUCCACACACCAUGUUUUCCAGAGAAGUAAAGAUGGGAGAGGAUGUGGUCUGUUCUGUCAUGAACAGUUCUGUUUCCAGACCAUUUCUCAAAGUCACUGAAGGCCCAUUUCUGGGGAAAUGAUUACUAAACUGAUGAUUAUUUUCUUUGUAUUGCUGGCUAUUCUCAACUUCAGGGAAAAUGUCAGGUAGCUGUGGAGUUUAAGGAAAAAAAAAUGUGUACACAAAAUGAGAAGACACACCUGCCUGUAGCACUAGCAAAAAUCAAAGAAGUCUGGCUUAUUUUAAUAUUUUCAAUAAACACUAGCCACCUCAAAACAAAAUUAGUAUUUGAAUCAAAUUAACGUAUUUGACUCAAUCACCUAAAAAAUUGCUAUUGGAUG